AUGGCCAACGCCCCCCACGGUGGUGUCCUCAAGGACCUUCUCGCCCGCGAUGCUCCCCGCCAGGACCAGCUCAGCGCCGAGGCUGAGACGCUGCCCGCGGUGGUGCUCAGUGAGCGCCAGCUGUGCGAUCUCGAGCUGAUUAUGAACGGAGGUUUCUCUCCGCUAGAGGGUUUCAUGAACCAGGCCGACUAUGACCGUGUCUGCGAGGACUGCCGCCUUGCCGAUGGCAAUGUCUUCUCCAUGCCCAUCACCCUCGAUGCCACCCAGCAGUUGAUUGCCGAUAACAAGCUUCAGGUGGGGUCCCGCAUUGCCCUGCGUGACUUCCGCGAUGACCGCAACCUCGCCAUUCUGACCAUCGACGAUAUCUACCGCCCCGACAAGGCCAAGGAAGCCAAGCUGGUCUUCGGUGGUGACCCCGAACACCCCGCCGUCAAGUACCUCAACGAGACCGUCCAGGAGUUCUACAUUGGUGGCAAGAUCGAGGCUGUCAACAAGCUGAACCACUACGACUAUGUCGCUCUGCGCUACACCCCCGCGGAACUGCGCAUUCACUUCGACAAGCUGGGCUGGACCCGCGUUGUCGCUUUCCAGACCCGUAACCCCAUGCACCGUGCUCACCGUGAGCUGACCGUCCGCGCUGCCCGCUCGCGCCAGGCCAAUGUCCUGAUCCACCCCGUGGUUGGCCUCACCAAGCCCGGUGACAUUGACCACUUUACCCGUGUCCGCGCCUAUGAGGCGCUCCUCCCCCGCUACCCCAACGGUAUGGCCGUCCUGGGUCUGCUGGGCCUGGCCAUGCGCAUGGGUGGCCCCCGCGAGGCCAUCUGGCACGCGAUCAUCCGGAAGAAUCACGGUGCCACCCACUUCAUCGUGGGCCGUGACCACGCCGGUCCCGGCAAGAACUCCAAGGGCGAGGACUUCUACGGUCCGUACGACGCCCAGCACGCCGUCGAGAAGUACAAGGAUGAGCUGGGUAUCGAGGUCGUUGAGUUCCAAAUGGUCACCUACCUCCCCGACACCGACGAGUACCGCCCCGUCGACCAGGUCCCCGCUGGUGUCAAGACCCUGAACAUCUCUGGCACUGAGCUGCGCCGUCGUCUGCGCACAGGCGCCCACAUCCCCGAGUGGUUCUCGUACCCCGAGGUUGUCAAGAUCCUGCGCGAGUCCAAUCCCCCGCGCGCCAGCCAGGGUUUCACUAUCUUCUUGACUGGUUACAUGAACUCGGGCAAGGACGCCAUUGCCCGUGCCCUGCAGGUGACUCUGAACCAGCAAGGUGGCCGCUCCGUCUCCCUGCUGCUGGGUGACACCGUCCGCCACGAGCUGUCGUCCGAGCUGGGCUUCACCCGCGAGGACCGCCACACCAACGUCCAGCGCAUUGCUUUCGUUGCCUCUGAGCUCACCCGCGCCGGUGCCGCCGUCAUCGCUGCCCCGAUCGCCCCCUACGAGCACUCCCGACAGUACGCCCGCGACUCGGUCUCCCAGGCUGGCUCUUUCUUCCUGGUCCACGUCGCCACUCCCCUCGACCACUGCGAGCGCACCGACAAGCGCGGCAUCUACGCCCGCGCCCGCCGUGGCGAGAUCAAAGGCUUCACGGGUGUGGACGACCCCUACGAGGCCCCCGAGAAGGCCGACCUCGUGGUCGACUUCUCCAAGCAGAGCGUUCGCAGCAUUGUGCACGAGAUCGUGCUCAUGCUGGAGAGCGAGGGCUACUUUGACCGUUCCUAA